AUGGCACCGUCAGUGACGUCACUCAAGGCUCCAGAGCCAGAACACUGUCCUGGACCAGAAUCAGAAACUGCUGGUCAAGGUGAUGCCUGUCAAGGAUGUCCCAACCAGUCGAUUUGCGAGUCUCUACCUAAGGGCCCCGACCCUGAUAUGGCUCUCAUCACUAAAAGGCUAGAGAAUAUUCAACAUAAGAUCUUGGUUUUGUCAGGUAAAGGAGGAGUGGGUAAAUCUACAUUCACAUCGAUGCUUGCAUGGGCGUUAGCAGCCGACGAGGAAUUGGAGAUUGGCGCUAUGGAUCUUGAUAUUUGUGGACCCUCUUUGCCCCGGAUGUUAGGCGCUGAAGGUGAGAGUAUUCACCAGUCCAACUCGGGAUGGUCUCCUGUGUAUGUUGCUGAUAAUCUUGGGUUGAUGUCGAUUUCAUUCAUGUUACCCGAUCCAGAUGCCGCCAUCAUCUGGCGUGGAGCAAAAAAGAAUGGCUUGAUUAAACAGUUUUUGAAGGAUGUCAACUGGGGUGAGCAUUUAGACUAUCUUAUAGUAGAUACACCUCCCGGGACAUCGGACGAGCACUUGUCAGUGACAACAUACAUGAAAGAUGCAGGGAUUGAUGGCGCCCUCAUUGUGACGACACCACAAGAAGUGGCGUUGUUAGAUGUCAGAAAAGAGAUCGAUUUCUGCCGCAAAGCAAAUAUCAAGGUACUCGGACUCGUGGAGAACAUGUCUGGAUUCGUGUGCCCAAACUGUAAAGGAGAGUCCAAAAUCUUCAAGCCUACCACAGGUGGUGGAGAGCAGCUAUGCAAGGAUAUGAAUAUUCCAUUUUUGGGAUCUGUGCCUCUAGAUCCUAGAAUCGGCAAAUCCUGUGACAAUGGCGAGUGUUUUUUCGAUGAGUAUGCGGACUCUCCAGCAUCGACUGCUAUUUUGGACGUUGUGGAUGCAUUGAAGGACCUGGUUGAGGUUCUGUUGUCGAAGUUGAGCAUUGCAUAA